GAGAUAACUAUGUCAAUUCGUGUUCAGACCUGACAACUCUACUGUGCCGCAACGCGCUGACAAAGACAGCUCGGAUGGCGUACUCCACCGUUACUCUGGCGCAAGGAUGCUUCGGCAAGGUUUACCGGGAGAAGUACAACGACACCUGGGCCGCCAUCAAGAAGGUUCCCCAGCAACUCAUAAGCAGGAAGGAUCUGGAGAGGGAGUGCGAAGUGUACAACAAAGCCAAACACCCGAACAUAGUGAAGUUGUUGGGCAACAUCAACCUGAAAGACGGCAAAUGGAUCAUUCCGCUGGAGUUCGUCUUCGGAGAGGAGCUGGAGACAACCAUCUUCAAGGCGGCAAAGUCCAAAAUACAGCUGACUCCAACAAAUCGAGGCAAAAUCAUCAUAGGCAUGUGUGAGGGGCUCCUGCACCUCCACUCUAAAGAUAUCGUCCAUCAAGACCUCAAGCCUGAAAACAUCAUGGUGGAACACAACACCAACCGAGCCGUGAUCAUCGACCUGGGCCUGGCUAAAUUCUUCCGGCGCGGCCUCAACUCAGCCGUGGACAUGGGAAACGAGGCCUACUCGCCCCCCGAGGUGCUGGAGCGCCACAAGCAGCGGGACCAGCGCUCGGAUGUGUGGGCCAUGGGCAAGAUCAUCGCAGAGCUUUGCGCCCGCGUCCGGCUGCACACACCCAGUGUCCAGCCGGCCAAAAUCCGGGAGGUGAUGCACAGUCAUCCCUACUGCCAGGCCGUGUGCAGGAUGGUGGAGAGUAACCCUGCCCUGAGGGCCUCCAUGGUCGGCGUCAUUGCUGACAUAAGGAGGGCGGGCGGAGGUCAGGGACACCUCCCUUUGCCGUCGACUCAGAUCAGAAACCGGUCGGCGUCAGCGGGUCGGAGAGGAGCGUCUCCGUUCAACAAAGAUCGGCGAGCGCACUCACCAAUGAACAGGCGUGGAUCCCCACUGGGGUGGGAGCGCACCCCUCAACCGGACAAACUCGUCCACCACCGCGCCAGACAACCCCGCUCGGUGUCUCCACAGAGGAACCAAGCCCUAGUCGCAGCAGGAGGUAGAGGUGGCGUUGGUGGUGCACUAGAGCUGACCAAAGACAUGAUGAAGAUGGGCUUGUACCAGGAGGCCAACCGGGACCUGCCGUGCCACCUGCCCGCCACCGGCCGGGUGAUGGUGCGCCGCUUCGAGGAAAAGAACGGCGAGGUGGAAACAUGGGGGCAGAAGGAGGUGGUCAUGCGCGACGGCAAGAUAGUCAUGUACAAGGAUGUAACCUUCAACAAUUCAUAAUCAGAAUCCAUCUCAGAGAUUGGGGGGGAAGAAACGUUGGGGAUACAGUGAUCCCGUGCUAUAUUGCGGAUCGUUUGCGCCCACGCUAUUUUGUGGCUCCCUGAGCGAUUGCGUUUUAUUCAUUUUUACAUUAUACAGGCAAGUCCGAAUUUAGUUUUGUGCCUUAAGUGUAGUACCAUGUUGUUCCCCAACUUGCUGGACAGCACUGAGCUAUACUGGAAAAGAUACAGCGGAAUUAAGAACAGGAAAAGGAGGCAGAGAAAGUACCCAGCUAAACUCCAAUGAUAUUUGUUGUUUCCAUAGAGCAGAAUAUAUGCCUGUGUGUAUUGUGGUAUGAUGUCUGUAUAUGUUGCUGCUCCUUGUUUAAGCUUUAUAACUACCAUAACGUCAAAGAUCAUUUCAGUAAUCCCAUUCUAUGAUGUUUGACAUUAUGUUAGCAUUAAGAUAGCAGACAAAAAGGUUUUGGUUUGGUUGAACAGUUUAGUGUUUAAAUACACAAUGUUUAAUUGCCCUCCAUCCCAUGGGCCACUCCAGAUUUUAAUGCACAACACGAACACUGAGUAGGGACAGUGACUGCCAGUCGGGGACCUGGCAGUCAAAUUAACAGGGGUAAGGGGGGACAUCCACUAUGCUCAUGGCAGGGUGGGGGCCUCUCUCGUGCCCAGCAGCUGCCCCCGGAUUGUCCCCCUUUAUUGUUCCCCUAUUGGGCACUCCAAUUUGCCCUCCAUCCUCUGGCUGGGACGGGCGCUGACUACAGUGGCAGGCGCUACUGGUUGAGGAGGAGUCUCUCACUCUCCCCUGGGUGGGUGGGGGUGGCAUGGUGCGUGUGGCAGUGGACGGGGGUGGUUGAUGGCCAAGGGAGCGACGGUGGGUCCCUGUGUUCUCCUCUAGGGGGCCAGUUUUAGGGGUGCUUCGGUUGGGCUGAUGGGCCGCCCUGGGUCUCUCGGCAUGGGUGGUGUCCUGUCUACGGGGCUGUUCUCAGGUAGGCCCCUGGGCCCGCCCUCCCCUUCUCGGCUGGGUGGGAUGGGGUCCUCAACUCCCAUUGUGCUGGCACAGCAAUUCCAGGAUACUUCUGGCAUUUAUGUUGCAUGUGAGACUGUGUCAAUUUACUUGCAUAUGGCUGCAGACAGACACCCCUGGGAUUCAAUUGCUGGGUGUGGGACCACUCCCUAAUUACCAUCAAUAAAUCUUAUGACCUAGCGAACGUCUUGUGAGGUCCCCUCACUUUCACUCCAUUUAGAAUUUACACAGCUACUCCCACCACACUGCAGCAACCGGGUCCACUACCCUUGUCCUGCUCACUUCCCCUCCUGUCCUGACCUACAUUGUCCUGUUCUUCCCUCACAGAGUCUAGCACUACUGUGCCGGACAAUACUCAAAUCAAAUUUUACAUUGUAUUAUGCAUGUAAUGAUUUGUUUUGCUAAUUUCUGCUAUUGUCUUAUUUUAUUUUUUCCCCCUCUUUCAUCUCCUUUAUCUUUCAGUCACUCCACUUAAAAACAUCGUUCUGUCCGACUGAAAAUUUCAAAAGAACCACAGUGGUAGUAUGAAAUUGCACAGUAAAACUGUUCUGGCAUAAAAGAGAUACAGAAUCUCCAUUAGGCCUAACAACCAAACAGGACGCGUAAAAAAAAUAAUAAUAAUAAAAUAAAGUUUGUCUUUGUGAUAGGUGCCAUGCUAUCAUUUUUUGUAAAAGAAUCCUGGCACAAUCCUGGUUCCAAAAUACUUGGGAAUUUCUCCCAAAAUAAAUUGAAACCAUUUAUUCCUCAUCUCGUCUGAGUUUUGCAGGGGAUGCAAAGCUUUGCACAAAACACCGCACAUUGUCACUCAGCCAUUUGUUUCUGAGAUGAGCGGGCGUGUACCAACCACGAAGUGAGCAGGUACUUAAAUAUUGACAAAACUGUCACCAUGAUAGCAGAUUCAAAUGCACCCGUUUUGCAAGCGGUUGGGUGUUGAAAGGCUACUGCAUUCGAUUGUCAAAUCAGAUGUCAAACAUAAACCACAUCACACACUCAUUUUGACCUAUGCUAUGCAUAAGACAGUAGAAAAACAAAGUAUGUUGAUGGAAGGGGACCGUUAAGUGUUCUCAAACAGCGUGUCCUCACGUAAACUAGUUUUCCUUUUGUUGCAGUGUAAAUAAAGCUUUAUCUCCUCCAUGCUGUCAAACCAGGCAGGUUGUGCGUGGUUAUGCUCCGUCAUUAUAGCAACAUAUUGACAGCUUGUUGAUACUGGAAUCAGUCAAAUGCGAUACUGCGUAGUACCACUCCGCCAAGUCGUUUGUUUCAUGUCAGUUUUACAGUAAACCUGAACUGGAAGGGACAAAAAAAAAAAAAAAAAAAAAAAAAAAAAAAAAAAAAAAGCUUGAAGCAAACGCACUUUACCUCUCAUUUGAGUCUUCUGUUUUCUCAAAGUGAUAUUGUAAGAGUCUCUCAUUUCUUGACAACGACAGUGAGAACAGGCGGUAAGGAAUACUUUAAACAGUUUUGUGCUUAAAGCAUGUUAGAGGGGUAAAACUAUCAAAUGAUGUGUGGAUCGUCAUACCUUAUCGCACCAGAACUUGACCCAUUGUAGGGUUUUGGGUGAAAUUUCAGGAUGAACCAAAAAAAUGCACUAUCGCAGGUUAAUUUGACCUUUGAACUGAUGUUGUUUCAGUAUUUUUUGCACAACUUCAUGGAGGCGCAGGGUGAAAUUCACAUGCGCUGGAGGAAUGGAAAUUUCCAAGGCGGUGCACUUCUGUGCCUCUUCCAGUCUUCCUGCACCCCUGUUGCAACCUUCCGAUGGCACACUGUGACAGAGAUGUCAAACUCAGUUUCAUCCAGGGGCCCUUAAUAAAGUGAAACCAUAUAAUUGUAUAAUAACCUCCUUGUGAUAUAUAGUAUACACAACAAAUUGAUGGAUAACUAGUUUUGAAAUCCGAAGUCAAUGCAAUUAGUUUGUUCAACUAUGGAUUAAUUAUCCUCACUAGGGUCACGGGCAUUUAAAGUUUUAGAGAACUUCAAAUUAAGUUCCACUGAGGUGCAUUUUAGGUUCAUCCUGAAGCUUCACCUCCAAACCCAAUAUCCCUAACUUUGUGAGUAGUGCAUUAUGUUUGCAUGCGCAGCCAAAAAGACCGUUUACCCUCUGGGCAGAGCAAAUACAAGCUAGUGAAUAAGCACACCUGAGCACAUGCUGUAUUACAGCUGGAAUAGGACACCUGGAAAUGCCUGUGGAACACAUUGGAACAUGCUUUCUAGACCUGCAGUCUAGACCCGUGACUGUGAAGCAGGCUCAAACUUUAUUUACGAAUAUAAAUUAUGCUUAGUCUCGUGAUUUGCUUAUUGUAAUUUUAUUCAUGGUUUUGUUUUUGUGUGUGUGAUUUCACAGGACUUGAAACCACGUGUUCCGUUUGUUUCUUGGGAACAUACUCAUGGUUGUCAGUGUAACCCGCUGCAUGUUAAAAUGUUUUUGUUUACAGUUUUGGCCCCAUUGUGUCACUGCAUUCCACUGUCAAUACUUUUAAUAUACCUUGUAAAUUAAAUGUGUAAUAAAAAAGGUAACCGAUAUUUAAAAUGGGAACUCACGCUGAGACCUCACACCACAGAGCUAGCUACAUUUGAUUUUUAGAGACAAAUGGACGUCAACUUUAGGAAAUUCUAACCACAGGGAACCCCCUCACAUUCAUGGCUGCACAUUCUCAAAUUCACCUAUUCGAGAUUUUUGGGGGGGACCUAUGCUCUGUUAUUCGCAGAAUGUUUUAUUUUUUCUGCAGUUUUUGUGAUCAGCCCAAAGCAAGAAAAGCAUUGUUUCAUUGUUUUUGGCACCAUCUUGUGCCAAAAAAACUAUGUUGAAUUGGUAUGAGGAGAUUUAUUUAGACAAAUGCAGUGCUUCGCCACCAUCUUGAAGCAUCUAUAAACUUUUUUUGAAGGGGGGGUGUUUCAAUGACUUUUAGACUUUCGCGGCAGGGCUCAGUCCCCACGUUGUUCAUCAUAGGAAAACUCACUCUGGUGUUGAAACAGGAGUUCAGAACAUUCAGAUAGAGAUACUGCCAUCACAAUAAAGGAUUUGCCAUCUGUUGCCCCCAAAUUGUGGAAUGCACGACAGCUUAAGAACUGCCUGUUCAGUGGCCAUUAAAAAAAAAGCAUAUGAAACCAAUUUGCUCAAGCAGGUAUUCCAGUAAGACUACGUUUUUGAUUUGUUUCAGAUUGAGUUUAUUCUUGUUUGAACUGUAAAACAUGAUUCUGCGUUUUAGUAUCUAUGUAGAGUAAGACUGCAUUUUAAGAAUGUGAAGCACGUAGCAAGUCCUCUGUGAAAAGCAUGAUAAAUAAAAUUUACUUAACAUUU